GUGUUCAUCUGAAAAUUGUUCCUCCAAAAUUAAGAAACUCUUUUGUGUUUCAUCUCGUUUUGUGUGUUCAUUCUUUAGUAACUUGACUAGUUUUCAGAAUGAAUUGUUGCAACGUUGUGUUGAUCACCUGGCUCAGGUGUAUUCAGUCGGAGGGAAGCGUCAGCUGGAAGACAGCAGGGGGGGAUCUGCAUGGAGGAUCAGGGUAGGGCAGCUCUGGUUUACAGACUGUUGCUUAGGCUGCUUGAGAAUAUGCCUUAAAUCAUAACUGCUGCUUAUUCAUGGUUUAGUUAGACAUUUCUGAAAGUGUUAACAGUUCCUUAAGCGGACUCAUUAACUUUCAAAUGUUGCUGUUUAUUUACACAAAUAAUGACUGAAUUACUUCAAGUGACUGGCCUCUUGGACAUCCUACAUUUAAUAAAAACAUUUACUUUAAUAACAAUUUCUGAUAAACAAUUAUGCACAUGAAAACCACAGCCUUUUAACUCACCUCAGACCUCUCAGCUUGUCAUAGAACUCUUGAGAAGGUCAAAGGUUUCUGUCCAACCAUGGUUAUAAAGUCACUCCCAUUAUAUAAACUGACAGUGAUUCUGUAGUUGAGACUUUGUUAAAUGGGCAGUUGGGAAAGUUAAAUGUACAUGAAGUCAUGAUCUGACCCUGAAAUUCCUGGAAUUCUAAGCGACUCAUCAUCGUCCCGGAUGAGCCCAAUGACUGCGGUGUCGUCUGCCAUCCUCAAGAGUUUCACAGAGGGGGGUCCUGAUGUGCAGUCGCUUGUGUGGAGGGAGAAGAGCAGAGGGGGGUCAAGGAUUCAGGAAUGGGAUUUGUGCUUUAACACAGCAAAUAGAACUUGCAGUUGGAAAUACAGAGGACCAGAAGAAGGGCACUUCAGGGAAUGAACUGAGAAACAAAGACCGACGAGGCAGGAGAACUGACUGAGAAGGAGCAAAGAUUAUUUUUCAGGGAACUGAAGGCGUGGAUCAGAAACAGCAAGAACGACCAGAAAGAGAACGGACAGAUUUCCAGCUAGGACUGACAGGAGCACCGACUUUAAAUCCAGGACGGCUCCACGUCGCCAGAAUCAGACGCUCGUCUUUCCAAAGCAACACAUCAACCCUCAGUCAGGACUUGAUUCUGGUUCAUCUUCAUUCACCUGAACAUGCAGCGGCGAACAAACAGGAGAAAAUACCCCGAGAAUUAUGUAGAAAAAAGGCAUUUAAAGCUGCCUGAGUUGAAGGAGGCUGCUGGAGGAUGUCGUCUUUCUAACUCGUACAUCUACAGAGACAACAUCCCAGCAUAUCCUCAACCAAAGUUCCAGGUCAGUUUUCUGAAACAUGACACAACACGUGUGGGCUUGGAAGGAAUCCGGCAGGAUGAAGGCUUUAGGAAUCCAUAUGGUGAAUCCAUGCUUUGGUGGAGCCUGCAUGUGAGAAAGGAGGAUGUGAAAGAUGCUGAGAAGCAGCUCAUGGAGGAGACGUACCCUAAUAUGAACGGGAAGAUCGACCUGCCGAGAUUUGCGACCUCCCCGGCCUUUUCAUCAAAAUCCCGGUUGGGCAACUUCCGCUUCAGCUUUCUCCUGGAUGAGGUGUUACAGGCCUACAGUCAGCAGUUCUGUGCUGGUGGUCAGCCGGUCAUGCGGGUCUUUGAGACGGUCCUGUACAAACAGGAAAUUAUGUACUCAGUGUUGGUCCACAGUCCAAAUGGUCCAGAGGACUUCUCCCAUUAUCCUUUGUUGGCUGAAGACCAGAACGCCGUCUGCUUCUUCAAAGACGGCAGAUUCAUCUGGAGGUCAGAGGCCAUGUGUGGGACGCACAGUGUCAAGCUCAUCCAAAAUGACAACAACUUAACAGUUGAGGGGAUCCCUGACUAUUAUUAUGUCUGGGACAACGUUGCCAUCGCUUUCCACGUCGGGCAAACGGUGCUGAAGUUUGAUGUGAAUCAACUCAGGCAGAACCUGAAGUCCUGUAAACGAGACUCUGUGACAUACAACUACAGAGAAGAUCUGACUGCUGAAGAUCCUGAAGCAGUGAUCAGGAACUUAUGGCCAGAGGAGGAAGAGGAUGUGCCUUGUCCCUCUAGGCUCGGUGCACACAAUCACACACACUCACAUUCACACCUUGAGACAGAUUAAAGUCACCACUCAACCUAUGAAGAAUGUCUUAACACAGAAAAGCCCCGGCCAGGAUUUGACCCGGUGGUAACUACUGCGCCACCAUGCAGCCCUGUUAAAAAAGCUGAAAAACUAAAAAACAACACCAGAAAAACUUUUAAAAAAAAGUUUAAUUAUUGUUUUUUCCUGGUUUGUAAAUUACGGGUUAAUAAAGCUGAACGAGACCAUCAGAUACAGGAUCUAUUUACGUCAUACUUUUGCAGGAACAGAAUAUUUUCUAAUCCAGGUGUAACUAUAAGUGAUGAUUGUUGCUCAUUAGGAUGCAGAAAGCUUUGGCUGAUAAUGAUUUUUUGCAGAUAACAAUGACAACAACUUUAAAGUGACCUGAGCGGUUUAUGAGAGGUCAACAAGUAACCUAAAGAUCCAACAUUUACUGGUGGAUUUCAUGGAUCCGCUGAGGGUAGAGUUAGUCUUCAUGUUUACACUCAGAUGAACAGUGGUGGUCGUUCUGUCAGCAAAGCUUUUUUUACUCCGAUUACCAAGCAGUGAAAAAACAGGUGAGUUUGUGUUGAUCCUCAGCCUCUGAGCAGCUUCAUCCUGUCUGUAGACGUUUAGUGAGUGUGGACGGGGUAAACCUGAGUUCUUCCAGACCUGGACACUGCAUUUGUAUGUGAGGAUGUGACGUUUUCCAACUGUAAAAUCCCAAACAUCUUCUCUGUGCUGUUUCAGAGACGAUGAAGCUGCACUUCCUCAGCCCCCCUCCUGAAACCCCCCCUCCUCUGACCAACCUGCAGCUCCUCCCACCUGCGACGUCUUCUGCUCUUAAGCCAAUAUUUACAUUUUCAACUGUUUGCUCUGAAAUGCCUGCUUUAGCCCCUCCCCCUUUUGUCCCCACCAAUCACAGACGUGUGUCAAGUUGUUGAUUAUGCUGAUGAUUCUCUUUCUAAAGAUGAAUAAUAACUAACAUGAUGACUUUUAUUUUGGAUAAUUUUCCUUCAGUUUUUGUUUUGGGUGAUUUCUGAUCAUGUCUGUAUGAUCUCAGGACUUUUUACACGAUCCUUUCUAAAGUCAGAUGUUUUAUGAUUUUACUGCAUGUUGGAGUCAUUAACUGGAGUUCAAUAUUUUAAGGAUUUAUUUUAGCAAUUGUGAUUGUGUGCUGUUUUCUUAUUCUUUUAAUCUUUUAACCUUUGAGUUAAUAUCACAGAGAAUCAAAGAAGCACUGAGCCUUCAUUCAACGGUCAACACUGGAUGAACGGAACUGACUUUAUGCAUGAAUUCAUGUAAUAAAACAGUUUUUGCUUUUCUCAGUGA